GUUCCUCACUCAAAGCAGCCAACCCGUCAGCCAUUUUCUGCCUGUCAGAGCCCGGACUGGGGCGACGGUUCGAUUCCGGCUCUCCUCCGCCGAACCCUUUCUCACCUUCCAGCCCAAACUCGGCCACAGCUCAGCCAAGGACUUCUCAAUGUUUGCGCCCACACAGGAUGGGGAGAGAAAGGAAAACAUUAGGAAAUCCAGAAUCAUACAGCCAAGUGCUUAAAGGCAGAAAGAGUUGAAAAACCUAACAGAUGAGCUUGCGCAGAAGAUUGAACAAGUCAGCAAUUGUGAGCUUCUAGCCAAUUGUGUGGCAAUCUCUGAUCUAACAGACUUCAUACUGUGAUAAAAUGGCCAGAGUUGGUGAAAAUGCCCAUAAGCGGGACGCAAUUUGUAUUUUUGGUACUGGGGACUUUGGCAGAUCCUUGGGCAUGAGACUGCUCAAGUCAGGUUACCCAGUGGUUUAUGGUAGCCGAGACCCAAAGAACUCCACCCUGCUGCCAAGUGGAGCACAAGUGUUUAACCACACGGAGGCUCUGAAAACAUCCAAGGUCAUUUUCUUGGCAGUUCACAGGGAAAGCUAUGACUUUAUCCCACCUCUGUCUGAUUUGCUAGAAGGAAAAGUGCUGGUGGAUGUAAGCAACAACCUCAGAAUGAACCAAUACUCUGAGUCCAAUGCACAGUAUCUGUCUCAGCUGGUUCCCAAAGCCAAUGUGGUGAAGGGAUUCAAUACAGUUUCAGCCUGGGCCCUGCAGUCAGGCAGCCUGGAUGCCAGCAGUCAGGUCUUUGUCUGUGGGGAUGACAAUAAAUCUAAACAAUUGGUGAUGGAAGUUGCCAGGAGUAUAGGCCUCACUCCUUUAGACCAGGGAUCCCUUCUAGCAGCUGAAGAACUGGAAAACUACCCUCUUCAGCUCUUUCCAAUGUGGAGACUACCACUUACUAUAGCGGCUGGUCUCACAGUAUUCUUCUUCAUUUACUGCGUGGUGAUUGAUGUAAUCUAUCCCUAUGCAAAAGAAAAUAAUGAUGUUUCCUAUCGGCUUGCAAUUUCCAUUCCUAAUCGUAUCUUCCCAAAUGUCUCCCUAAUCCUACUUAGCUUAGUUUAUCUGCCGGGUGUGAUUGCUGCAUUCAUUCAGCUCUACAGGGGGACAAAAUACAAGAGAUUCCCCGACUGGCUCGACAGAUGGAUGUUGUGUCGAAAGCAACUUGGACUUGUAGCACUUGCCUAUGCCUUCCUUCAUGUUCUCUACACAUUCAUCAUACCCACAAGGUACUCAGUUAGAUGGCGCUGGAUGCACUCAAUGAUUGAAGAGUCAAAGAAGAAUAAAACUAUGCAGUUAAACAAAAUGCUAUCCUGGCGUGUUGACCUGUAUUUUGCAUUAGGAAUGCUGGGGUUUGGUCUUUACGUUUUGCUGGGCAUCACUUCUCUUCCAUCAGUCAGCAAUGUUGUAAACUGGAGAGAGUUCCGAUUUGUGCAGUCAAAGCUGGGUUAUAUAACGCUCCUGUUGUGCACUGCUCAUGCUGCACUGUUUGGCUGGGACAGAUUUCUGCAAUCAAAAUGGUAUAGAUGGGGGCUUCCACAAGCAUACAUGUUGGGCAUGGUGAUUCCCUGCAUUGUGCUGGUUCUAAAGCUGAUUCUCAUAACACCAUGUGUAGACAAAAUGAUCACUAGGAUCCGGCAGGGCUGGGAGAGAAAGUCAAAAAUUAAAGUCUGCAGUAACAAAUCAUCAUUUAUUUGAAGAAUAUUUGGGUUUUUUUUCCUUUAUUUGAAGCCUAGGAAGCCUUCAUUUCAUGAACACAAAGCAGAGAAUAAAUGGUCCGAGAUCCAUAAGGCCAAGUUUAUGAUCCCUCACCCAGGGUUUCUAUGUCUUUUUCCUUGAGGUGGAUGGAACACUUGCACCUGGACCAAGUAAAUGCAUUCAAGCAGCAAUUAAAAGUGGGGGUGGAGGGGGUAAAGAAGCACUUUGUAGCAUAUUUACCUGCUUCUAUGGUCAUUUGGAGGUGUGCCCAGAGAAAUGGGGAAUUGGACCCUUUUGUUUUUCUUUUCAACAGUCUUCUCCUGCACAGUGUUUGUUUGUAAGUGAUCUAUGGCCUCUGGGAACUGGGUUCAAAUACACCACAAACUGAUACGAACGUAUGAACAUGCAAGCACAUGAACAUCCACAUAUACGAACAUAUGAAUCUGGAGCAGGAAUAGGCCGUUUGACCCCCUGGGCCUGCCCCGCCAUUUGGUAAGAUCAUGGCCGAUCUGAUUGUGGCCUUAAUUCUACUUUCCUGUCCAUUCCCUAUACCUUUUGUCUCCCUUGUCAAUCAAGAGUCUAUCUAGUUCAGCCUUAAAAAUAUUCAAUGAAUCAGCCUCUACUGCUUCCUGGGGAAGAGAAUUCCACAGACUAACGACCCUCUGAGAGAAAAAAUUCUCCUUGUCUCUGUCUUAACUGUGUCCCCUCAGUCUAGUCUCUCUCACAAGAGGAAACAUCCUCUCAACAUACACCCUGUCAAGUCCCCUCAAGAUCUUACAUGUUUCAAUAAUAUCGCCUCACAUUCUUCUAAACUCCAGUGGAUACAAGCCCAACCUGU